AUGUCCGUGGAAGCGUCCUCGGAAUUUACCGCGAGCGCCGCACCGUGUCCUCCCAGCGGCCAACACAGCUCCCGCAGCAAGCGCACCAGGAGCUCGGGAGGCUGCAGCCCGAGCGCCAGGAGCAUCGCUCACCGCCAAACCGACACAACCAAACCUCCCAACGCCGACCUCACCGCGCCCUGCAGCGAGCCGGCGCAGCGCAGUCCCGACUCGGUCCUGCACGACCUGAGUGGCGCUGCGUCGAUCGAGCCGCUCGAACUCCCCGCGGCCGACGAGCGGGCCGCGCCGGCCUCUUCGGUGGACGGCGGCCACAGCCGCGCGCCGACCGAGGCGGAGCGGGCGUCCCUCGAGUGCACGGUCUGCUACUCGUGGCUGCAGCCUCCCUUCAAGCGGUGCAGCAACGAGCACCCGAUCUGCGCCGCCUGCCGCCCCUCCUUUGAGAGCGAGGAGUGCCCCAUCUGCCGCGUCUCCAUCGAGCCCGGCGCGCUGCGCGACGACGAGCCCGCCGCCGCCCUCGCGGCGCAGAUCAGCCUGCCCUGCGCAAACGGCUGCAACAGCGCGGUGCCCUACCUGAGCCUGCGCGAGCACGAGGUCCGCUCCUGCCGGCUGGCGCCACUCCUCUGCCCCUUCCGCGAGGCCGUGCAGCUCGGGCCUGCCGGCUGGUCGACGGGCGGGCGGUGCGACUGCCGCGGCCUCGACCUCGGCGACGCGGACGGGCUGGCGGCCCACCUGCGGGAGGCGCACGGCGUGGAGGCGCAGCCGCUCGACCAGCUGAGCCGCGUCACGGCGGAGCGCGUGGUCGAGGUCGAGCGGACGGGCACGUGGACCCUAUCGCUGCCGACGGCGGGUCUCUUCGCGACUCCGGCGGGCCGAUGUCCGCGCGGAGAGGCGAGGCUGCUCACCCGGCAGGACGGCAAGACGUUCCUCGUCCAGUGCCUCGCCGCGCGGGCGUCGGGCGUGUCGGUGCUCGUGCUCGGCCUCUCGCCCGGCGCCGAGGGGAUGCAGGUGGAGGUGCAGGUGCAGGGCCAGCAGGGCCAGCCGCCGCCCUACUUUUGGACGUCGCGCGUGCUCGGCGCCGACGCGAUGCGGCCGGGCGUCGGCGCGGAGGAGGAGGCGCGGCUGCUGCGCCGCUGCGUCGCUUUCCCCGAGGCGGCGCUCGAGUUUUGCGCCGGCGCGGAUGGGCGCCUGACGCUAGUGGUGAGUGUUCGCGGCGAGGAGGAGGAGGACUCGGAGGAGGAGAUGUUCGACGACGAGACACUGGACUGA